CAAUAAUGACAAUUACUCUGUACCACCAUCCCUUGUCGCCGACCCUCGCGCCAGUGCUGCUCACCGUCAGGGCGCUGGGUAUCGACGCUUUGGUGACCCAGAAGGAGGUGGACCUGUGUGCUGGGACCUCUAUUCACGACUUCCCCUCCAUAGACGACGGCGGGUUUUGUCUUUCGGACAGUCACGCGAUCGUGGCCUACCUUGCCAAUGCGUACCAAGACGGCGACUUCUUGUACCCAAAGGACCCCAAAAAGAGAGCCAAAGUGGACCGAUGGCUGCACUUCUCCAGCUCCAUUUUGUAUAGCAGACUCGUCAAUAUGACGGAGCCGCUCCUCAACAAGCGUUCCAAGGUAGUGUCGGAGGAGAUGUCGGAACGCGCCGAAGCCGCAUUCAAAAUGAUCCAGGAUGCGCUCGGCCCCGGCCCCUGGCUCUGCGGGGACGACAUGACCCUCGCUGAUCUGUGCUGCGUCUCGCUUGUGGCUGCCAUCGAAGUUUUCAUCGGGGAUUCGAAUCAUUAUCCAAAAAUGUCGUCGUGGGUCGAACACUGUAAGAAACAUGUCCCCGGCUACAUGGAGGUCGUUGAGGCCGCCCGCCAGAGAUACGUUACCAUCAUCACCUCGAGGAUGAAUUCGUGACUGUUACAAAGACAUGUGGGCUCGAAAUAUGUCCUUUUCUGUGAUGACAAAUAAAGUGUCUACUCUUGACCGAUUACACAUA